AUGGGCUCUUUCUGGCAACUCGUGUUAGCUGCCUCCGUGGUACAAAUGUAUGUAGUAGCAGUUAAGGUCAAAGUUGUUAUGCACUCGGAACAGGACGACUCGAAGCUAGAAGACGAGGAAAUAUCCCGCACCGAGUUUUGGCCACAUAAGAAACAUUCAGAACAACAGCACGUAACAGUAUUGCCAUUCUUGAAAAAGUCCAAAAAACACGUCGAAAAGAAAAUUGAGUACGAAGAGGAAACACCGGCGACUGAAAAGCCACGACAGCAGCACCCUAAUGAGUUGAUAUUUCCAUUAAUAUAUAAGCAGAAACAUAUAAACAGUAUGUUCAAGUUUGCAGGGAAUUGGUACACUUGGUCCACUGAAAAGAGGACAGAUGGAUCAAAGGCGACACAUUAUUACAUUUGUUAUGAUGAGCCUAAAAGAUGCGAUGAUAUUGGAUGGGAACGAAUUGACAAUAUCCCCACAUGUGCAUUUCAAAUAGACUCUUUAAUGCCGGAUGAUCGAGCAUGUAUUAACAGCUUUGGAGUCGGACCCCACUCCCACGGUGUAUGCGACGGAGGCGCACAAAUGAAGGUCAGCGAAAUGAUACGUUCCUGUGGGCCACGCAUCCGUUCUCUGUGGCGAUUCUUCAGAGUGAGUCGUCGACCAGCCAAUGUCCCCAAACCAGCGGAUGUAAAUUCAUUAAUAUGCGAGGACGAAGAGGAGUGCUAUAUCACCAUUGAAUACAGGAUCCAUCAUGAUAGAAUAACAUUUUCUCUACAUGAGCCAAGUCGAGGCCAAACGUUUAAAAGUGCGCUAAAACGUGAAAUACAGAAUGAGGAGGAAAAUAAGGUUGCAGCAGUAACAGAAAGCCACCCCAGGGUACAUAGAGGCAAAAAGGAAGAGGAGUCUAGAAAGAAAAUACACAACAGAUCAAGAGCCAAAGCCAUAGAAGGCAAAGGAGUUAUAAAGGAAAGGAAUGAUUCCGGUUAUACUAACCGUAGAGUCGUGAAAAACAAGAUAAAAAUAAGAGAAGACAUGUCGGAAGAUAUUUCAGAGUAA